CCUCGGCGGCAGGACCAGCGGACGCAGGCAGAGGGGCUCGGCGCAGUCCCUGCCCCGCCCCGCGGCCGCCCAGCCGUCCCGAGCGCGCGGCCGGGCUGACGAGGAAGUGGCCGCCGCCUCGCCGAGCGCUCAUUGGCUCCCCGCUGGCAGCUGCGGCGCGGCGGCGGGGGCGCGGCGGCGGGGGCGCGGGAGCGCGGGCGGCGGAGCCAGCGGCAGCCUAGCCAGGGAGCUGCCGGCGCGCGCGCCCGACGAGAUAGGGCUGGACCCGCAGGGGCGCGCGCAGAGCCACGCUCGCCGGAGCCCGGCCCCGCCCUACGGGGUCUACAGCGGGGUGUGCUGAUCCCUCCGUUAAUGACCUGUACCUGGGCCGCCUCUGACCCGGGAGGGGCGCAGUGGGAGGGGCGCAGUGGGAGGAGCGCGGGGGCAAGGGCAGGGGCCUCUGGGUGAGCGAGCUGUGGGCUUGCGGCGGGUUAGUGACCGGCGCGCCGGGCCAUCGCCUCUGCCGCGUUGCCGGGGAGGACUAGAAAGUCCGGGCACGUUAAUGAAAGUGGGACCGAACCUUAAGCUAUUGCUCUCAGUUUGGAAUAUUCUGAGCAGACGCCAAAGAACAACCGCCCCUCUGCACCAGGCUCUUCUCCCCACCACCUCUCCCCGGGGGACGUCUGGACACAGGAAAUUUCAGAAGACAUUUUCAAAGCUAAUCAUGAAAACAUUUGUCAUUGGGAUUGGUGGUGUGACAAAUGGUGGGAAGACAACACUGGCUAAAAAUUUGCAAAAACAUCUCCCAAACUGCAGUGUCAUAUCUCAGGAUGAUUUCUUUAAGCCACCGUCUGAGAUAGAGACAGAUAAAAAUGGAUUUCUGCAGUACGACGUGCUUGAAGCGCUUAACAUGGAAAAAAUGAUGUCCACCAUUUCUUGCUGGAUGCAAAGCCCGAGACACUCUCCGGUAUCAACAGAGAGAAACAAUGAGGACGUUCCCAUAUUAAUCAUCGAAGGUUUCCUUCUCUUUAAUUAUAAGCCCCUUGAGACUAUAUGGAAUAGAAGAUACUUUGUGACCAUUCCAUAUGAAGAAUGUAAGAGGAGGAGGAGCACGAGGGUCUAUGAGCCUCCAGACCCCCCAGGGUACUUUGAUGGCCACGUGUGGCCCAUGUAUUUAAAGCACAGACGAGAAAUAGAGGACAUUGAGUGGGAAAUUGUUUACCUGGAUGGAACAAAAUCUAAAGAGGACCUCUUUUCACAAGUGUAUGAAGAUCUAAGACAAGAACUGGCAAAGCAAAAAUUACUUUGUGGUUUCUCUCCCCUGAUGGACUCAGAUUGAUACAACUAUUGGUUAUACUAUUCAACUGAUUUAUAGAAGAUGAAUUUUGGCAACUAUGUGGUUCCUUUUUUAAAAAAAUUUUCCCAUCUCUUAUCUCUGGGAUACCAUGCUCAUAGAAUGAAAACAUUUUUGUCUAUCAAAAGGGCCAUAGCCUACAAUCCUAUGAUCUUUACGUUACCAUACCUGUUUUUACAGCAGGUAAAAACAUUACAUGGAUUUUCUAAGUCUAUUUUGGAUAGUCUCAAUUUGACAGUAAAAUUUCUCAGGCUGGAAGAGAAGCUUGUUUUCUUCAGUGAGGAUUUCAGGAAAAUUUUUAAACAUGGCGUUUUGUUUUUUAACAGGAUCUAUGAUCCAUAGUUCUGAAGGUUAUAUAGAAAGACUAAAACAUCGAAGUGACCAUGAUGAAAUAAUUCAACAGGAAAGUAACUUACAACAAUGAUGAUGCUUCUAUAAUAUUCUCUAAAGACAAGUUCUAGUGCUAUGUUCAUUUUACUGUAUGAGCAUUUGGACGUCUAUCUAGUGACCUAUAAAUUUAUAGUAACUAACCUUUAUUGAUCACUUAGCAUGUGCUAGGUAUGAUGUCAAGUGCUGCUAAGAAAAUUUUCCAAAGCUUGAAAAUAGGCAAAAGAGUUUACUGGAUGUCCUUUUCAAGUUAUCUAAGCAUUGUCUAGGGUCUACUAGACAACCUGUCGGACCUCAUGGACCACUGGUUGGUGACUGCUGGAGGCAGCUCACCCAUGGAUUAGCCAAUUCUCUAGCAAUAUAUACCUGUUUGAUUUGCUAUUUUCUCUUGAUUAGGAUAGUUUAAUUCUCAUAAAGGUAGAUGCUGUCUUGUGGGAACUGAGAGCUAGGGUUUUUUAGCCUCAGCACUCUUGGCAUUUCUAGAUAAUUAUUUUCUCUGGGGGACUGUCCUGUGCAUUGAAGGAUGGUUAGCAUCAUCCCUAUUCUCUAUACACCAGAUGUCAGUAGUGCUCUCCUCUCCCAGGUUAGGACAGCAAAAAUAUCUACAGAUAAAAGGGAAUCCUAGUGCACUGUUGGUGGAAAUGCAGAUAGGUGCAGCCACUGUGGAAAACAGUAUGGAGGGUCCUCAAAAAAUUAAAAAUGAAC